AUGGCUGCAUAUGGCCUCACCCCCCAACCAGUGGCCGCCGCCGCCGCCGCCGCCGCCGCCGCCGCCGCCGCCGCUGCCUGGAACACCCAACGCGCAGCCUUGCGACGCCCUGGCUCCGCCCAUGGCCGCCGCUGCACGCAGGGCAACAUCAAGCGCGACCCCGCCAGCUACUCGGAUGAGUUCCAGCUGCAGUGGCGCCACUACAAGGCCUGCCUCGCGCUCUUCCUGCUCAAGCCCGACCAGGAGGGCCGCGAGUUUGGGGACCUCAUCAACUUCAUCGCCCAGGUGUCCAAUAGCUACCCCAAGGAGACCGCCGGCUUUGCGGGCGAGCUGAUGGAGCUGGUGGACACGCACCAGGCGGUGCUGGAGCCGGCGCUGCGCCAGACGCUGGUCCGGGCGCUGAUCCUGCUGCGCAACCGGCAGCAGCUGGCGCCCACGGUGCUGCUGCCGCUGCUCUUCCGCCUGUUCCGGGUGCAGGACAAGGCGCUGCGCCAGCUGGUCUUCCGCCACGUCACCGCCGACAUCAAAAACAGCAACCGGCGGCAGCGCAACGACCGCCUCAACCGCGCGGUGCAGAACUUCAUGUAUGCCGUGAUCCAGGAUGAGCACGAGGGGGCGGCCAAGAAGGGGCUGGCGGUGGCGACGGAGAUGUGGCGGCGCCACGUGUGGCGCGACGCGCGCACCGUCAACGUCAUCGCCGCCGCCGCGCUGCACAAGAGCCCCCGCAUCAUGCUGGCCGCCCUCAAGUUCUUUCUGGGACAGGAUGCGGCGGAGGCCGCGGCAGACGGUGCGCGGCGCAGCGUGUGUGGGGGGGGGCACAGCCGGCGUCUUGUGCUUGGGUGGGGCACGAACCCCAUGAGGUUGUCCAAGAAGCUGAAGCGCGCGCAGGCAUCGGUGAAGCGGCAGCAGAAGCGCGAGGACGGGUCGCGGCAGGAGAACUUUGCGGCGCUGCAGCUGCUUCAUGACCCGCAGGGCUUUGCCGAGAAGCUGUUCAAGCGGCUGCAGAAGGGGCACGAGCGGUUUGAGGCGCGCAUGGCGGUGCUCAACGUCGUGUCGCGCUGCGUGGGCGUGCACAAGCUGCUGCUCCUCAACUUCUACCCCUUCUUGCAGAAGUACAUUGCGCCCAGCCAGCGCGAUGUCACCGUCAUCCUGGCGGCGCUGGUGCAGGCCUGCCACGAGCUGGUGCCGCCCGAGGCGCUGGCCCCCGUGCUGCGCCAGCUGGUGGACCAGUUUGUGCAUGACAGGGCGCGGCCCGAGGUGAUGACCAUCGGGCUGCGGACGGUGCGCGAGAUCUGCGUGCGCUGCCCGCUGGUCAUGUCGCCCGAGCUGCUGCUGGACCUGACCGCCUACAAGAAGUUCCGGGAGAAGGCGGUGUCGUCGGCGGCGCGCGGCCUCAUCUCCCUGUUCAGGUGGCUGGCGCCAGGCAUGCUGGAGAAGCGGGACCGCGGGCGCGGCGCUGACGUGGCGGCGCAGCCCAGGCAGUACGGCGCGACGCAGAUUGCGACGCGGGUGGAGGGCGCGGAGAUGCUGGAGCAGGCUCUGAGGGAGGGGCGCUUCAACUCUGAGGGGGAGCUGAUGAGCGAGGGAGAGGAGGAGGAGGAGGAGGAGGAGGAGGAGGAGGAGGAGGAGGAGGAGGAGGAGGAGGAGGAACGCCAGCUGACGGCGGCCAAGGCGGGCGGCGGGCAAGGGCAGGAGCAGGACGGGGCGGCGGCGGCCGCGGGCGGCGGCGAGGCUGUUCCGCUGGAGUGGGGGCGCAUCCUGACUGAGGCCGACUUUGACAAGAUCAGGCAGCUGAAGCACCGCAAGAUGGUGGACGCAGCCAUGCAGGUGGGGCGCACUGGCUGUUGGUGGUUGGAAUGCAGGCUGUGGUGGGAUAGCGAUGCUGUGGUGCUCCCGCGGGGCCCUACGCCCUUGGCGCUGCUGGAUGCCUGGCCGGCGCCUGGCUGCUCCUCCCGGACUGAUCUUCCCCUGCCCCGCUGA